AUGGUUGAUAAAAUUGAUAUGGCAUUAGAUGAUAUUAUACAAGCUGGUAAAAAAGGCAGAGGCGGUGGGCCUGGACGAAAAUUUGAAACGAAAAGAUCAAAUCGUGGUUUUCGGGGUAGCAAUCGUAAUGGGGGCGUCUUGCGUGGCAGUAAUCGUGGUGGAGUAUCCAAGCCCGCAAAUUAUAAAAGGGGUGAUGUUAACAGCACAUGGAAACAUGAUAUGUUCAAUGAAUUCAGUGAUCAGAAGAUACAGAGAGGUGCACCAAUAACAACUGGACCUACCAAACUGCUUGUUUCUAAUUUAGACUUUGGAGUUUCUGACUCUGAUAUACAAGAACUGUUUUCGGAGUUUGGCAUUUUAAAAAGUGCUGCUGUACACUAUGACAGAUCUGGUAGAUCAUUGGGGACAGCUGAUGUACUUUUUGAAAGAAGAGCAGAUGCAUUAAAAGCAAUGAAACAGUACAAUGGUGUUCCCCUUGAUGGUCGAGCAAUGAACAUACAGCUAGCAACAUCAGAAAUAAGCACAUUUAGAGCAGAACCCAGAAGUAGAUCUGUAGGUGGAGGUGGUGGUCCUAUUAGAAGAAUGUCUGAUAAAAGAGGCAUCAAUGUCAGAAACUCAACUGGAAGAGGAAGUGGGAGACGUGGUGGGCGAGGAGGAGGAGGACCAAGAGGAAAGAAACCAGUUCCCACAGCUGAACAACUUGAUGCAGAGUUAGAUGCUUAUGUUAAAGAAAUAAAAUGA